GAUAGCGAUGCAUCCCUGACCCGCGUUGCCAACUAAACGCAAGGAACUCGCGAAUAAGUGUAAAUAAAUGCAUUAUUUUGGUGAGAUCGCGAGCUGAAGCUGAUGCCAUGGCCCCGGCGUACGACCUUGGCCACUCCGGAGAGGCGUACCACCCCCUGGACAGCAGUGGCAGUGGCGGCGGCAAGGACGCCUGUGCCCCAUCAUCCUCCACCGCCCCAAUCCGCCACCCGAUGGCACAGCGGACGUCCUGGUGGCGCCAGUUCCGGCGCUACAAGCUGCCGGCGGUGCUCCUGAUGUUCCUGCUCCUCGCAUCCUGCCUGGCGUACCGCAUUCUCAGCGCGGAGCAAGAUGCCCCACCAUUGGAUCUUCAUCGGAGUUCACCGCUUUUGGAUGCCUACGAGGAUUUCAGUGCCAUGCGGGCAGGAGAUCUCAAGAUGCGCAUUGAGGAGAUGGUCAGAAUCAAGAGCACUGUGUCCGUGGAGCUGCGCGAACUGGAAUCCCGUCGCCAGAAGCUGCAGUCGGACAUAAGUCAGUACAACCAGAAGAUCGAGGAGCUGAAACAGGAACUCCUGCGGGAGCAAACAGAACUGGAGCGACUGAAGAUCUCCGUGGAGCAGGCACAGGUGGCCCAGCGAGAGGCCGUUCAGCGGAAUACCCCUGAUUUAGCCCUGCCCCGCUCGCUUUUGCCCAACACACUGCCUAGACGGAUGAAUCCCAUCACUGGAGGAAUGGCAGCCAGCUGCGAGAUGCACAACUGCUUCAACCACUCCCGCUGCAGUCUAACCUCCGGAUUUCCAGUCUAUCUGUACGAUCCAGAUGAGCAUAGUGUGCAACGAAAGGGCUACGAUAUCGAUGGUUUCCUGAAGACCACGCUAAAACAGACUUUGGGGUACAAUGCCCACAUAGUUAAGGAUCCCAAGCAUGCCUGCAUAUAUCUAGUGCUGGUGGGAGAGGCGCUCCUGGAGCAGGAUCUCCUGCGAAACAAUCGAUAUGCGGCGCAGGAGGCGGAGCACCAACAGCCCUCCACUCCGAGCCAUGCUAAUGACUGCCCCGUGGACAUGGAGAAACUGUACAGCCUGCCUUAUUGGGGCGGCGAUGGACGCAACCAUGUGCUGCUCAACUUGGCGAGAAGAGACCUCACCUCGCGUCGCACGAAUCCCCUUUACAAGCAGAACACCAUGCGAGCCAUUGUGGUGCAGAGUGCUUUUGAGCGGGACCAGUUUCGUUCCGGAUACGAUCUUAUUGUGCCCCCGAUUCUGGGACCACCUGGUGGCGAUGUGUGGCAGGAGUGCGCGGGAAUGGUGCCCGCAAGAAGAAAGUACCUGCUUAGCUACCAGGGAGAACUUAGGCCCAAACAAAGUGGCUUGAACCCUCUGGAUGCCUUCAUUCUGGAGCACCUGGCUGAUAUGGCCAAAGGAGCCACGCAGGAUCAGUUUGUCCUGCAGUUCCAGUGCAUCCCGGCGACGGAGCAACAGGAGGGGGAUUCCCUGCCAGAUUGGACGCUUUGUGGAUCGGACUCUUCGCGUCGGCAGUUGCUCAAGGACUCCACCUUUGCAUUGAUUUUACCCCCCUUAGAUGGCCGAGUGUCCUCCACGCUAAUGCUGGCCAGGAUCUAUGAGGCUCUCCGCUCAGGAGCCGUGCCGGUAAUUCUCGGAGCAGAUGAGCUGCGUUUGCCAUACGCCGAGACUCUGGAUUGGAGGAGAUCAGCCCUUCUCUUGCCAAAAGCUCGGAUAACGGAGCUGCACUUUCUUCUAAGAGCAGUUCAGGAUGCAGAUUUGCUGCUGCUGCGACGCCAGGGGCGACUUGUCUGGGAGCGCUACCUAAGCUCCGUGCAGGCCACCGUGGACACGGUGAUUGCCAGUCUGCGGGAUCGCCUGGGCAUUCCCCCACGACCAGUGCCCGCUGUCAUAGCGCAAAGUGUGUUCAACAGCACGUUUAUACCCCUGAAAUCCGAUCCGCCGGUCGGCUUGGACACGGAACCGGAGGAGUCGUUGGGUCCGAUAGAACCGCCGUAUCCCAGUCCCGCCUACCGGCGAAACUACACCAUACUGAGGAUGCAGGCGAAAGAAGCGUGGAACGAUUGGCUGGACCCCUUUUACCUAUACCCACAGCUGCCUUUCGAUCCGGCGAUGCCAUCGGAGGCCAAGUUCAUGGGCUCGCACACUGGCUUCCGGCCGAUAGGCAAGGGACUGGGAGGAGCGGGCAAGGAAUUUGGAGAGUCCCUGGGUGGAAACUAUCCCCGAGAGCAGUUCACCAUCGUAAUGUUGACCUACGAAAGGGAGCAGGUCCUGAUGGAUUCACUUGGCAGACUGUAUGGACUGCCAUACCUGCACAAAGUGGUGGUGGUGUGGAAUUCCCCCAAGCCUCCGCUUGAUGAUUUACGCUGGCCGGACAUUGGAGUUCCUGUGGCAGUGCUCCGCGCUCCCAGAAAUUCACUAAACAACCGAUUCCUGCCCUUUGAUGUCAUCGAAACCGAAGCGGUGCUCUCCGUCGACGAUGAUGCCCACCUGCGGCAUGAUGAAAUCCUGUUCGGGUUUCGGGUGUGGCGAGAGCAUCGCGACAGGGUUGUGGGCUUUCCAGGACGCUAUCAUGCCUGGGACUUGGGCAACCCCAAUGGGCAGUGGCACUACAACUCCAACUACAGUUGCGAACUGAGCAUGGUGCUGACUGGAGCGGCGUUCGUGCACAAGUACUACCUUUACCUGUACACGUACCACCUGCCGCAGGCGAUCAGGGAUAAAGUGGAUGAGUACAUGAACUGCGAGGACAUUGCAAUGAAUUUCCUCGUGUCGCACAUAACGAGGAAGCCCCCCGUCAAAGUGACCUCCAGGUGGACAUUCCGCUGCCCCGGAUGUCCGGUUUCGCUCAGCGAAGACGACACACACUUCCAGGAGCGGCACAAGUGCAUCAACUUCUUUAGCCGGGUGUUCGGCUAUACGCCCCUGCUGAACACCCAAUUCCGGGCGGACUCCAUUCUCUUCAAGACCCGCAUCCCGCACGACAAGCAGAAGUGCUUCAAGUACAUCUAGUCGUAAAACCUAUCCCCCAAAAGCCCUAUUCCGACAACGGCGGCCACUUCACUUACCUAACCGAAGUGAUCACCAGCUGAAUGACUCCUAGAUGUAAGCACAACUUAUCAGGCGUGUUCUGGUUUUCACAUGUUCUAUUUUAGAGCUUAAUGUAAGUCUCAAAAAUUGCAAACUCAUUUUAAUCUAAUGCAUCGAGAGCUUAAUCAGCUCAUAUCGAUUUAUUUGAUUGUUUUUAAAUGUUAAAUAUCUGUAUGAUCUGUAAUUUGUAUUUUGAAAAAGUUUUAAUAGAUUUCAUUUGUAAUUUUUUUUUUACUUAUGUAUUAUGUUUAAAUUCACUGAUCAAUAGUGUUCUUCACUGAGCUUUGAAUAGUUAAUAUCUAAUGAGUCCGGCAUGUGGUGACAUUUUGCAAUUAAUUAAAUAUUUUCUUAAAAAUUAUCUUUUAUAAUUUUAACCAAACCCGUGCAAUUACUUUUGAAAAUAUAUAAAUAUAGUCUAUUUUAGGUAGAAAGUUUAGGAACCCACUCAUUUAUAUAAUAUAACCCAUCAAUGUUCUGUGCAAAUAAAUUAUCUUUUAGAUUCAGUCUCAAAAGAAGUGAUUACUAAUCGAACAAAAAUUGUAAUCUGUGAAAACCUGAACAAGCCAAUAUGUAAAUGUAUAUACUCUACUUUGACCUAAGUAUGGCCGCAGAUAAGCCAAUGGUGAUUGCACAGCUCGCUUAUGUCUGAUCAUGAACUCUUUUCGCUUGGCUUUAUAAGACUAUCAGUCGUUUUCUGAACUUCACUUUCGAAAUCCAGGGAAAUAGUGUUAGGAAAACAAGCUGUACACCUUGAAAGGAUACCAAAACAAAUUCUAAGACUUUUUACUAUGUUUGCUUAAUUAGCAUAAGUUGUGUACCGAUUUUGACUCUGUAUAUAGUGCUUAAUAAACGAAGCUGAAAGACUA